CUUUCGCUCUCAGCUGCACAUCAAUCGCGCAUAUGCGCCUCUACCGGGCAGAGUAGAGUGCCACCGUGAAUGGUCGACACUCGGGCCCGAGGACUCUGUGUGCCGUGGCUCGCCACGGAAAUCCAAUCGACCAGCGACGGCUGACCCUUUUCGAGCCGAAAAGGACAGGGGGUCGCGAACGCGUCAAGCAGCAGCCGCAUCUUGCGCAUGCUCCAUCCUCCUCUUCAUCACAUCCAUGACAGCUCAACCCAGCUACGCGCGCAGAAUCAUGACAAAACGAAGCGCACCUUGAUAUGAUCCAGAUCCGGAAGAGCCGCCAUACGACGUCGCAGAAGAAGCGCUUAGAGGCGGUGGUGCAUGCGGCGCCACACCUUGGACCCCGUUGCCAUAGCCCGGUGGCAUUGAAGGAGGCAGACCACCCAUCAGAGGUGGGGGCGCGCCAGGCAUGCCACGACUUGGCGGAGGCGGCUGACCUGGAGGUCCUGAGUUGGGCGAAAGGCCGCCUGAAGCGCCAUAGCCCGUCUGCUGAUACGGCUGCGGAGGAGGCCGAUAGCCACCAUGCCCAGCUACAUGCGAGGAUUGGUUGUUGGUGUGGGGAGGUGGUUGCCAAGCGGGAUAAUCGCGGUUCGGCCCUGGGCCUCCACUGUCAAGCCGAGCACCUGGAGGCGGUCCAGUCACGCUGCCGCUUCUUCCACCGACACCUCUGCCGUAGCCGCCAGACGCAGCACCGCCGCGUUGCGAUGAUGCAUCAUAACCAGCGUAUGGAUGGUGCCUGCGCAUCUUUUUCGUGCUCCUCAAGAGAUCGUCAAUCAAGAUAUUCGUCACGUGGGCUUUCCUUCAGAACGAUCGAGACUUCACCGAGAUCCGACACUUUGGUCAAUCAAUCGCGACGAGGCUGGUUGCCUGAGAAGCGUGUAUGCUCAAUGGUCAACCUGUGCACUCGUGGCCCGAAAUGCGCUGCAACACAGGCACACUCUCUGGAGCUGACCAAUGAAACACCCAGAUCGGCGCGUCAGGGGGAGAGGCGACUUAGGUGUUGCUGCUGGUGACAACGGAUAUGUGCGCCACCUUCUUUCUGUCGAUGUAGCAGGUCUCCUUUGUGUGCGAUGCGUGUCAACGCUAGCCAAUGCUAUUUCACCAAGCGAAGCCGAGCCGGGCUUUGUCAGAAUUCAACGUUGCUUCUUGCUUUCAGGGGUCGUGCGUAUGAUCGAGCAUAAACCGGCAGGCGCCACGUGAGUCUCACACAGCGCGCACUGCAAUUGAGAUCAAGUGACUGCUACUGCGCAAGGGCCGAACAAGAUGAUCUU